GCAGCUGUACCCCCCAAACUAUUUCGUGCGAUCUAAACAAAAUCACUAACUAAAUGGUUAAAAGGUCGAAUACCUAUACAUUUUGGCACCCAAUGCGGUAGCAGGAACAAGCUCAAGUCGCGUUUUGCUCAAACCACGCAGCGGGAGUCAUCCACGGCACAAUGGCAGCCACCACGACUUCAAUGCCUCGCCUUCGAAGAUGCGUAGUUAAAAUACAGCGCAUUAAGCCCCACGAAAAUGCAAUACUAACGGGCCAAGAGCCAAUUUCUAGCCAAAAUACUAUCCCAUCCCCUACCAAUCCACCCGAGGCGCGCGCUGGAGCAUGCGACACAAGUGUCUUUCAGCCAGAUCGCAACUCCACGAUGUGCGUAUCCAGAACACAGAUUAACGUCACGGGCGCGAAUUUACCAAACGCAACUAUAUCACCAUUUCGCAUUCGCAUCAAGAAAUUGCCUGUGCCCAAGCCAGUGGAGACGGCCACACCAGUGCAGCCUACAACUGUAUCCCCAGUUCAAGUGCGCCUCAAGAGAAUCCGCUUGGCUAAGCCGGCAGAGACAGCGGCUUCCGCACCGCCUACAACUACAACACCAGUACGUGUUCGCAUCAAACGAAUCCCCCUGGCUAAGCCAGCAGAGACAGCGACAUCCGCGCAAAGUACAACAACGCAGGCUGAGCGAGGGCAUCGGUUCUUCCACAGAGAUCAGCCACCGACGAGAUCAAGGUCUUCCGUCACGCGCAACGUCUAUGAGUUUCUCUCCCAGUCUCAGAUUGAAGAUGACAAGAAUCGCGAAGAUCCUGCUGCUGAUAUAAUCAAAAAGAUGGUAAGCGCCGGCAAGGCGUGCGUAAUGAUUCGCUCCAAAAAGGAUGGCAGACAACGCGCCAAGCCCGUGAAGAAGGUUCGACCAGUGGGUAAACGAAGACAGUGCUCUCUGAAAAACUUGGAAUCUUCAAAGUCCAAAGAGGGCACGCCAGAGAAACGGAUUCCUCUGGCGCCCGCGGCCGCGGCCCUGUCGCCGAUUCUCGAGCCCGACAAUGAUGUCAUCGGUAGCAGUGAUUCUGAAGCACCCAACGCUGGACCUUUUCAAGUAUCAGUGAGUGUGCAUAGCCCUCCGCAGGCACGCUUUUCUGUCCAGCGGAAUGCAUCGACACACCACCCUAACACACCACCCUUACACGACGGCGCCUACAGCCAUUUGGCCCGUUCCGUAUUGCUCAAUGAAACUAAGACACAUUAUCCGACAAACUCGAUAGAGAGACGCCGCCAACUGGUGAACAUGGCGCGUAAAUUUGUGAGCACACCGCUCAGACGUAAGAGCCCAAGUAGCAAUGUCACGGCAUCGGCAAUUUCCCCGAUUCCACGACAGACUGUGGUGGCCAGUCCUUCAGGUGGUGCCUCUCCCUGGCGAGUAUCUGACGAAUCAGCCAUGCCGAAUACAUUUGUAUUCGGCUUCAACACAUCACAGUUGCCAUCGUAUUCCAGCGAUCACAUUCAACGUCGCCAGCAUGUCUAUGUACCAGACGAAGCAGCAGCUGCAGGACCAGUGGGGGAUCCACCCAACGAAGAGUCAAUUUGUCCGGCCUUGGACGAGCAAAGUCUGGGAUCGAAUGCGAACGAUUCAAACGAGGAAAAUCUGCCACCAACUGUUGCGCAUAAAACCCCGACAACAGCCAAUGAUCAGGAAGAUGCGGAGAACGUUGAAAACGUUGUACAUUUGCCAAACCCAAGGCGGACGCUGCAGGAACGUGCUCCUCUGAAAGACAUCAAUGUAUUGGAUGUGGUUGUACUGCCAUCGUGGAAGAAGAAUAUCCAAACAACACCCAUAACGCCCACGAAAGCCACUACACCAGCAAUGACGAGUUCUCCAGCUAAUCAGUUUUUCGGGUUCGAUGAGUUCUUGGAGGAGGAAAAUAGCCCCAAACGCCGCAGAACAGAACGGAACACGACUGUCCACACACCUAGUAAAUCCGGCAAUCUGUUCGGCUUUGAAGAAUUCCUCGAAGGGGAUGAAGCUGCCGAGUCUAGGGGCUCUACUUCCGCCCCUCAAAAUGUGACGCUGCACGAGAAACUGCAGCGACUUAAGCAGCUACGACCUACGGAAAAAGAGCUGCCGCAGGUUUCCACCGCUCCGCUGCGCCGUGCAGGCGAUUGUUUUGGUGAGCUGCAACCACAACAGCGUGACAUUCGGGAUGUGCUGUGCUCCACCAUGUUGUCGGAAACGACGAAACGGCAACCUGCACUGGCUGCAGACGAGUCGGCUGGAUUGUUCAAAGAUUCAGAGCCCGAUCUGGAGACAACAUUUGACGCAAAGGCCCACAGACGCACUUAUGUGAAGGAGAAACCCAAGCGCAAGCGGAAGCAACGCGUCCAAGUGCUGUAUAUAGACAGUGGAUCGUCCGAAGACGAGGACGGGGAGAACGAGCCGGACUCGCGUGAUAACAGCGUCGAAUCUCCAAAGAAAAGAGGUCCAGGACCGCGACAAAAACGACCCCGAAAGGAUGUCGAGCACGAGGCAAAACUGCAGGAAUUCAUCACCAGCUUCAACAAGGAAUGCGAGGAGGUGCAGAAUUAUUCACUGGUCAUUGAAUAGCCCAUACCUUAAGGAUUAUGGUAGCUUAUUGGUUUUUUUUUUUUUCACCCUUCCAUCGAAGGAACUUUAAAUUUAAGAAAAGGAUCAGAGUGUAUCAUUGUUUUUCCCCCCCUUCCAUCGAAGGAACUUUAAAUUUAUGAAAAGGAUUAUGGUGUAUCAUUGUUUUUUUCCCCCCCUUCCAUCGAAGGAACUUUAACUUUAAGAAAAGGAUCAUGGUGUAUCAUUGUUUUUUCCCCCCCUUUCAUCGAAGGAACUUUAACUUUAAGAAAAGGAUCAUGGUGUAUCAUUGUUUUUUCCCCCCCUUCCAUCGAAGGAACUUUAACUUUAAGUUAAGGAAAUUUAGUAAGAGAAUUCGAAUUAAUCUCGCCAACAAUAUCUGUAAUACGUAUACGAUUACACAUUCUGAUAGAGUGCAUUUAUUAUUUUACUAUCCAUUCCAUGUAAAUAGCUCGUCUAUAUUCUGACCAAUCUACAAGUGUAAGAAAACGUGUUCGAUUUGAAACUUUCGUCUUGCAAAAAUAUAAAACUGAAAUAAUUUCACAAAAAGGUUACA